GCGUGGGAGGGCAGGGGCUGCCCCGCAGGACCAGCGGGAGCACCAUACAGUCGCAUGCCUCCCAUCACGGCUCCUCCACCGUGGCCCUGGCAGCACUGUGGGGGGGGCGGGGUUUGGUGGUGACCUGGCCAUGCCCUGUGAACACCCUUCCUGGGGGGCACCGAGUCCCCAUGGGAAGGUGGGUGCUCCUGGCAGGUGCUGCCUCUUCCAGGAGAGGGGCCGAGGGGGCCUGGGGUCUCCGUCUGCACACACAGACUGUGCUCAGUGCACCCACGUCCCACCCGGGGGUAACCGCCACUGUGGGACCCUCUGCCCACAGUAGCCCAGGGCGAGGGCUCGCGGCAGGGCCAACCCACCGGGUUCUGGGUGCGUGUGUCCCAGGUGGCCGCUGUUGGGGAAGAGCACGCGUCCCUCGGCGCCCCCGCACGUGUGAGCGUCGCACCUGCCCAGUGAGCACGGCCUGCUCACGCGUGUCCGUGUCCAGCCUGGGGCCGGCGUGUGCUCAGUGUGUCUGACUCCCCGGUUUCCCAGCGCUGGGUGUGGGCGCGGUGGGAGCUGCUGUGCGACCCUGUGGUGAGCGAGCGCCCGGGGAAGCGGGCUCCCACACACAGUGGGCAGGCCUCCCGUGACCCGUGUCCUGGGCGGUUGCCCUCAGCCUUCAGGAAGGCCGUCACCCCGUGACCCCGGGGCGCCACCUGGGCUGUGGUUCUGCCCCCAGCCGCCUGCGGCGGGAGAACACGACGGCCUAAGAUCCUAGUUUCCGUGGCUUCCUGCAACUCUCAGCCCCCGGGACAGUCAGCGAAUGCAGGCCGCGUCCCCGUGCAUCCUCCGUGCACCCCCAUGCAGUCCCCGUGCGUCCCCCAUGUGCCUCCGUGCAUCCCUGUGCGGCCCCGUGCGGCUGGGGGGCAGCGGGAAGGGCCGCGUCUGUCCCCCUGACGGAGCAGGUCAGGUCACGUGCGCCCUCCGAUGGCCACGGUGCAGGUUGCACGGACCCCGUGGCAGUGGCCCCCGUGGCAGUGGCCCGGCCGUGUCGCCCUUGGACCAGUCAGCCGUGGUGCCGGGUGUUGGCACGCAGCUUCACAGGGUGUACGCGGCCUGAUUCUCCUCCAGUGGCCCUGGGAACUCCCGGGGACCGUCCUGCCUGGGCGACUCCGGGCCACGCAGGAGAACCCGCUGUUCCGUGACGUGUGAUCUGCUGGAAAGACGAUGCUGGUGGAAACUGAGGGCGGGCACAUUGUUACCUGGAGGUGGACCGCGUCACCCCUUACGUGGGAAGAGACGGGACCAAGGACUCGCCGCAGAUCAUCGGUUGUCAGGUGAGGAGGGAGCCCCCCGACUCCACGGAGCGGUACACGCGGUGGAUUAACCAGCUGGCGCCGGAGCAGCUCCUCACCCAGGUGUUCACUUCCCACGGCCCCACUGUCGUCAUGCCCACCUGGUUCUGCUCUCGCGCUUGGUUCUCCCAUGUGGGCCCAUUUGACGAGGGCGGGCAGGGUGUGCCCGAGGACCUGCUGCUCUUCUACAACCACCUGCGAAAGGGCGGCGGGGUCGUGCGUGUGGACCAGAGCCUCGUCCUCUACCGCUACCACCCGGACGCUGCCACGCACUCCGUCCUCGAGACGACCAUCUGGACGCACCGAGUCCGGUUCCUGGAGGAGCGUGUCCUGCCGCGCUGGGCCGCCUUCACCAUCUGGAACGCGGGCCGCCAGGGGCGCCGGCUGUACCGCAACCUCUCGGCGGGGGCGCGGCGCAAGGUGGUGGCCUUCUGUGACGUGGACGAGAACAAGAUCAGGAAGGGCUUCUACUGCUACGAGGACUCCGAGGAGGCGCCUAAGCCACGGGUCCCGAUCCUGCACUUCCGAGCCGCCCGGCCGCCCUUCGUCAUCUGCGUGAAGCUGGACCUCACCGGGGGCGAGUUCGAGGCCAACCUGCGGUCGCUACACCUGCAGGAGGGCCGGGACUUCCUUCACUUCAGCUGACGGCUGCGGGCAGCAGCUCCCAGGUGCAUGGGUCGCCCGGGUGGGGGUCCUGUGGCCUGAGGGCACGUGCAGCCCCGCCUCCUCGUGGGGCUGGCCCUUCCCCCGGGGGUGGGUCCAUGUCUCACUGGGAAGUGGUCCCCGUGCGCCAGUGUGACCGCACAGUGGCGACCACCCCGGCGUCCCCGGCAGGUUGUGCCUGUCACACCAGGAGCCGUCUGCCCGCGCUGCUGAGGGACACGUGUGCCGCGAGGCUGCGGCCCCCCUGGGGGUGUUGGACCCUGUGGGUCUCGGCCGCCCGCGGUUCCUGGGUGCGCUCGCUGCAUGAGCGCUUGGUUUCCUGCAGCCAAGGCCCAGGUGCUGCCCCGCGGGCGCCAUCUCCCCACCAUCUCCCGCCUGCCGUCCCGUGGGACCCCGCCACCCGAGGCUCUCUGGCUGGCCUCCAUCUAAAACGAGAGCUCCCUACUCCUUUUUGGGAGGGAAGCAAGUUUGAAUGCUUGAACGGAAUGAAAGUCGUUAAUCCACGGCGCCCUCAGUCCGAGGAGCCGGGCAGCAGGCGACCCCACGGGGGGUCAGUGCUCCCACCAGGGCGGCCAGGCCCCAGCAGCCCCCCCCGCCCCCGCGGUCACACACACCAGUGUCAGACACGGAGACACAGAACUGCUCGGGACAUGGUUUUAUGGACGGGGUUCCCACGGACGUGAAGACAAAGCACCAACACCCCAGACACGGGAAGAAGAGCUGCUGCUCAGGUGGGGCCACCUCCGGGCCCGGGGCCACCUCCAGUGGUCAGGUGUGCUGACCAGCGUCGGUCUCCUCCGCCCCCUGGGCAGCAGGGGCUCAGCCGGUGCCAGGCUGUGGGUGACACAGCACAGGGUCAGGCCACGGGUGCCCAGGACCCCGUGGCUGCCACAGUCCCGUCCUCAGCUCCCCACCUUCAUCCCCCCGUGCGGGACUGACAACAGGUUAGCAGCAUGCUCACCUGGAGCCAUCACUGCCCUUGGCCCACCAACCCCCGUGUCACCCGUGGGCCCGAGAGAAAGGUGGACGUGGCUGCCACCCCGGAGCAGAAGCAGGGAAACCACCGCGGCCUCAGCUGCAGUUGCAGUGCACGCAGCAAUGCCAUGGAAGGGUGAUCUCACCGGGCACCUGGGACCCUGGGGCGACCGUCCAGGGAGACGGUGACGGUGGAAACCAGGUCAGGUGGGAGGAGCGAGCUCGGCCGCCGCCAGCUCCACUGAGGGCCGGCAGCGCGGGAUGGCCACCCCCCCAGGCAGAGGGCCUGUCCUGGCUGUUGUGCCCACGGGACAUCGGGUGCUGCCUGCUGCACGAGGGAUGUGGGAGCCCAAGCAGCCCGCGAGGGGCCCGCGAGGACCACAGCGCCCCAGACGCCAGCUCAGGAUGAGCGCCCGUGGGAGCCGCGCAAGGGGGGCCCCGGAGUCCUGGCGUGGCCGAGGCCUGUGGUUACCUUAGGGACCAGCUGCGGUCGGGGCACGCCGAGGAGGUCACAUAGGUGGUUCCGCUGGGCUCUCACGACUGGGAGCUCCGCGUCCCUGGGGGGGGGGGGGGGGGGGGGGGGGAGGAGCAGCUUCAGCCGCGGGGCGCUCGGUGUGUGUGUCCAGCCUCCUGCAAGCCCCGCGCUCAGGCUGCCGGGGUGCAGACCCCAGGAGCCCAGCUUAGGAGUCCAGGGGGAGAGCACGGGGCGAGCCCCCGCGGUGGGUGCUGCAGGCCCUGCUCCUCCUCAGGAAACUGGAGGCGGGCGACCCAUGGAGGUGGGCCGGGCAGGUUUUAAAGUUUUACUGUACUUGGAAAGCUGUUUAUCAUUUUCACUAAAAAUAAAGAUUAAAUUUCAUUUUAGAAUAAAAAAAAAAAUACCAGCAUCUUAAAA